AUGCCUCGAUCUAGCUUCUCCGAUAACCCCCUAUUGCGGGUGUCUCGUCCAGUUUCUGCUUGCUCAAGAUGUCGCGCUGCGAAGGUCAAGUGUGACGGGAAACUUCCAGCAUGUACCGCGUGCGAGAAGGCCGGACGUGAAAGUGAAUGCUCGGCAGCCAACGACCAGUUCGCUCGUGGAAAGGAGCGAAGCUAUGUUGCGGCCUUAGAACUCCGCAUAGAGAAAUUGGAGCGGCGACUGGCUUUUGCUCGACUGAGAAAGGCAUCUGUGGCUCGGCACGACUCCGAAGCGGGACCCAUGGCUAUGACCGAGUCCAACCGCAAAGAUUCCCUCGCGAAAAUCCGUGAUGCGAUACAUCGCAAAGCAGCUCGACGGCGAGAAGACUCCGACGUCAACUCUCUCAUGGCCGAGUUCGGCUUUCUAUCAGUCAACGCAACCACCAGGGAUUUCGAGCCGUCGAUGAGCAGCAACAUGACUUUUGCUCGUCUUGUUCUUGCUGCUGCAUCCAACGACCCGCUACCAGAUUCUCAGAACUGGGGAUUGCCUCCUCGCCACACUAUCAUGGCCACAAUCCAGUAUUACAUGACUAACAUCUAUUCGCUCUUCCCUUCAUUUCCUGAAUCAGUACUGUACGCCGCAUUGGAUCACGUAUACUCCCAAAAAGAACGAUCGCCACGGGACUGUGACUUUUGGCUCGUCUACAUGGUGCUCGCUGUCGGCUCCAUGGCCCAGAGCCAGGUGAAAGACGACGACUUCUUCAAAAGUGGCAGUCACUUCGCCUCGAAGGCUAUGGGAUAUGCCGAUCGCGCUCUGAUGCCCGGCUACACAUCACAGAUCCAGUCGCUGAUCUUGCUUACUCAGUAUUCCAUGCUGGAUCCAGCGCACUUCGACAGUUGGCACCUCAUUGGUUUUACGUGCCGAGCUGUCAUCGACCUCGGCUACCACCAAGACCCUCCGAGUGACCAGGUGACAGAUAAGGCAGCCCUUGAUCUCAGACGCAAGACAUUCUACUGUGUCUAUGCUCUUGACAGAACCAUAAGCAUGAGUUUCGCAAGGGCAUUCUCCUUUACACAUGGCUCGAUCAACGUCGCUUGGCCGAGGGCUUCUUCUUUUGCUCGGAGGCAGUCGAUAACUGGCCAACCACAUACGGGUACCGAGCCUGGUUUUCUUCUUUUCCAACUUCGAAGGGCACAAUCACACUGGUACCAAGAACUCUACCAGUCUGGUUCUGUCCCGCUCAAAGACCCAACGAAUUUCGUAUGGACCAUGUGUCGGGACAUGAAAGAAUGGGGCGAAACCCUUCCAAGCUCACUUCCCACUGGAUUCAGAGCAUGGUUUGAUCUUGAAUUACACUACAGCUUCGUCUUCCUUCUCGCGCCCUCAGAAAGAACCCCGUACAUGACGGACUAUAGUCGGCUGCUGAUUUUCGAGUAUUCUAUGGCCUAUCUCGACAAAAUCUACGACGUCUCUCAUAAUAGUGCCAGCGGCGCCUUCUACACGUACCAUGACGCCCUGCGUGUUUUCUUCAUUGCGAGUCAAUUUAUUGCUGUCCUCCGCGACGCAGAGGAUUUGCUCCUGUCCGGAAAUCCUCUUCCGUCCCCACCGAGCGAGUAUGGCAAGCCUCCGCCACCGUCCCUGCCGCCUGGGGCGGCAACCACCUCGGGCGAGAGCAUUCAGCGAAGCCUGCGGUGUCUUCAACGGACAGGCUUAACUCUUGCGAAAUAUGGUCAACGUUGGGAGAACUCGGUGGCUCUCAAGCAAAGCUUCGAUAUCAUCUCGGCCGAGGUUGUUGAGCGCCUGGGUGUCAGGCAGAGUCUCAAACAGCAAGCAUCGCCCCCUCAGUCCGUGUCGCCACCUGCUCGGGAGAUGCGAUGGGUCGGCGUGGACAUGGAAUCUAUCAUGAAAGGUAGCACCGGUGGUAAUGGGGCUCGCGGAACCCGAUUUGAUUGA